CCACUCUCGUCCUCCUCCCACCCCGGUCCCCUCAAAGGCAUCCCCGUUCCCUCUCUUUAGCCGAACCCCGGCGUCUGUGGGCUCCUCUGUGCUCUGCAAACUGGAGAGCGGCAGCCCACGGCACUUCUCCAGGCAGAGCUAUAUAGCUGGCACGGCUCCAGCCUCUCCCGGUGUGCCAUCCCCACACAGCACUGCAGCUUUGGUCAUAUGAGCAGAAAUGAUGAGAAAAGCACUUUUUAAUCUUUUCGCACUUGCUCCUCUGUUCAAACAGUUGCAGGAUGGCUAUGACUGACGUGCUCAACGCUGAGGAUAUCAAGAAGGCUGUGGGAGCCUUUUCAGCGGCUGAAUCUUUUAACUAUAAGAAGUUUUUCGAGAUGGUAGGACUGAAGAAGAAGAGCCCAGAAGAUGUGAAGAAGGUUUUCCAUAUUCUCGAUAAAGAUCGAAGCGGCUUCAUUGAAGAGGAAGAAUUAAAGUUUGUACUGAAGGGCUUUACCCCGGAGGGAAGAGACCUAUCAGACCAAGAAACAAAGGCUCUUCUGGCUGCUGGAGAUAAGGACGGGGAUGGCAAAAUUGGCGCUGAUGAAUUUGCAACUCUGGUGGCUGAAUCAUAAAGGCUUUGACCAAUGCAAACCCUUCACCCUUCCUUCACUGCCCAACUCCAACCACCUCCUGCUGACUGCUUUGGCUCCUGUUCUAUUUAUUUAUGUUAUUUUAUACUCCAGCUCUGUUCUCUGCAGUCCUGCAACUCUGUAACUGUGCUGUAAGACACUGUUAAAAUAAUAAAGGUCACAUCAAUCUGGGUUUUAUUCUCUAUCAAUACAAUUUGUUUCUUAUUUCAUGUGGGCUUGGCACAAGCUGAGAGAAAAUUUUACUCUUUUGCUGACAUCCCUGCUGCUUUAUCCCUUGCUAGGGUAAAGUGGGAAGAAAUUAAAAAAAAAUAUAUAUGCAUAUAAUGUUCAGCUCAAGUUCUGAACUGUGGAAAACUGAUUGCAUUAUUUUUAAACCAUCCCUGCUAAACAGAUGCAUACUCAUAGCCUGGAAAACCUCUAGUGAUGGCAAUUACCCAACUUAAUUUGGCAGUUUGUUCUUUCGAUUUAAUCAGUGUUAUAGCAAAGAAGUAUUUCCUAAUACUUAACCUACGUCUUCCCAAUGUAUUUUGCUGAUCAGUAAAAUUGAGCCUUGUCUGUAUCACUCAUUAAAUUUGCCUGGUGCAGGGGGAUUUUUGUAUAACAGCUUUGACAGUAGUAUCAGUUGGUGCCAAUCAUGCAUGGAGAUACCCUCGUAAACUAUAAGGUAAUAAGGUAAAUAACAGCCACUCCUGAAGCACAGGAUGUGUUUCCUUACAAUGUUACACAAUUAUCUAGGAGAGGAAGAAGGGAAUAGGCAUGAGAAACAACAGUAUGAAUUUCAGGAAAGGAAACACUAAGAUUCAGGUGUUGUGCUAUAAUUGACACUCCCUUGGCUAAAACAGUAUACCAAAAAAACCAAACAAAAAAACAAACAAACAAACAAACAAAAAAACCAAACAAAAAAACCCCACCCGAUUUGUUCUCAACCUUUACCAGAGAAGUGGAUGUAUUUAUUUUAGUUACACAUCGGAAACUGAGACUCAAGCUAAAGAAAUGACUACCCAACAGUAUGCUUAUGACAGAGCUGAGAGCUAAACAACUAUUUUCCAAACACUGUUCAGGAACUUUGGCACCCUUUUUUUUUUUUUCUUUUUUUUUUUUUUUUUUUUUUUUUUUUUAAGAAAAAAUUAAAGAGAGGAGGAAUCACUUUUAGGCAACAUCUUCCCCACAUCUUGACAGAACAGUGGUUGCUACUGCAACUAAAAGGAAGGAUAUUUGCCAUUUCUGGAUUACAAACUAUUCCCUGAAGCAAUAACACUGCAUUCCAUUCAGAUUUAUUAUCACUAAUUUAGUAUAAACAAAAGGAUAAGGGUGAAAUCCUCUCACCAUCACACUGUACAGAACAGCAUUCUCUGCCAUAGCUGCUACCCAAUGCUACUCGGGAAGCCAACAAACCCCCCCUAAAGCCAUUUUAGAUUUUCACUCUGUAGUAACUUGCAAGGAAGACUUUUUGCUGAAGCUGCUACGCUUUCAAAAGAAAUCCUUUGGUUUUGCACAAUGUAUAUAUGGAUCUGAAGAAUGUAUUGAUUUUUAAGUACUCUAAAUAAAGCAAAUGGAAUCGAGUUGCAAUGAAG